AUGAAGAAUGUUCCAAAAAACAGUUUCACAGUUGCUGAUUGGGUUGUGUUUUCUGGGAUGCUCAUCAUCCCGGCAUGCAUCGGAAUUUAUUAUGCUUUGGCUGGAGGAAAGCAGAAAACUACUAAGGAGUUUCUUAUGGGAAAUCGCAGUCUAAAAAUGGUUCCUGUGGCCAUUUCUAUUCUUGUUUCUUUUCUGUCGGCAAUUCUGAUUUUGGGAGCGCCUGCAGAGAUGUAUACAAAAGGAACCCAGUAUUACUUAUAUGUGUUUGGACAAAUGGCGGCCGCAGCACUGGCUGCUUUCUUGUUUGUGCCGCUAUUUUACCCGCUGAAAUUAACGAGUAUGUACGAGUAUAUUGAACUAAGAUUCAAGUCCAGAGCAGCAAGAUUAACAGCAACAGUUAUAAAUAUACUGUCAUCGCUAAUAUACACUGGAAUUGCAUCAUUUGCUCCUGCAACAGCCUUGCAAGCAGUAACUGGUUUUCCUGAGUGGGCUUCGAUUCUUCUGAUAGGUGUAGUUGUUACAUUUUACACUUUUAUGGGAGGAUUGAAAGCUCUAGUGUGGGUGGAUGCAUUUCAAGCCAUCAUCAUGUUCGGAAGUCUGUUAUCAAUUGUGACAAAGGCUGCUUUAGAAGUAGGAGGGUUUUCAAAAGUGUGGGAACUGAAUGAACAAUGGAGUCGAAUCAAUUUUUGGAACUUUGAUUUCGAUCCAACAGUUCGGCACACCUUUUGGGCAUUAACAAUCGGAGGCAUGAUAAACUGGGUUGGAACCUUUGGAGCAAGUCAACAGAGCAUACAAAGGUUCAGUGCCUUACCCUCUCUCAGGGAGGCAAAAAUAGCAGUCUUGCUGAACUGCUUGGGACUCUUUCUGAUGGUAACAACAGCUUGUCUGGCAGGCAUUGCUGUGUUUGCUUUCUAUGCAAUGAAAGGGUGCGAUCCAUUAACAAACAAAGAAAUCAAUAAUUCAAACCAGAUCAUUCCGUUCUUUGUGGUUCAAAUGCUGCAUCUACCCGGAGUGCCUGGUUUGUUCAUUGCUGGUCUUUUUAGUGGUGCUUUAAGCGCUAUAUCAUCCAAUCUGAGCUCACAAGUCGCAACGUCAUGGGAGGAUUUCAUAAAACCUCACGUACAAAAUAGAUCAGAAAAAGUCCAUGUAUGGAUAACCCGAACGUUAGUGAUUUUCUUUGGUAUUCUCGGAUUAGCAGUUUCAUUCGCGGUAAAGGAAAUAGGUGGGACUGUUUUGCAGGUCUCUCUCAGCUUUAUGGGGGCUGCUAGCGGUGCCUUAAAUGGAUUUGUUGUACUAGGGACAUUUUUCACGUCAUGCAAUUGGAUUGGAGCUAUGGUGGGACCAUUUGUUUCCUAUGUUGUCAUGAUGUGGAUAGGUAUAGCUAAGUACAGUGUGAUAGGAGUUGAGGGAGAUCUUAAGUUUCCUACAGAAACCUGUUCUGCCGAUUUUAACCUGACGACUCCAAUGACACUUAUGACCCUCAUGCCCCAGGAAAAUCUUCACCUUCUUGCUGAUUCCUUCCAUUAUUUAGAUCGCACUGUGAUACUGACCAAUAUCACAGCUGGUAUCACAACAGAUGCAACUCAGGUAGUUAAACACAGGUCGGCGCUUGAUGCUCUUUACUCUUUGUCCUAUUUGUGGUACUCCACUCUUGGAUUACUCAUAGCUGUCAUUGUGGGUCUAUGUGUCAGUUUAGCAACAUGUCCAAUGAAAGCGGAUGAAGUAGACCCGAAAUACCAAGUACGUUUUUGUGACUGGUUAUGCUGUUGUCUACCACAGUCAUUGAGGAAGAAAUUAAAUUGUUGUACAGGGUAUAACGAGGACCAAACCAGAGACUUGUUUUCCGACAUCAAUGUGCUCCUUGACGGGAAUAAAGAUAAUGAUAACAGAAAUGGAAUUCAGACAAGGCAGAGUCAGGUUUUGUCUGCGGAAGGUUUGUGGAGGUCUGAAAUCAGUGAUUAA